UUUUUUAAGCUACUGGCGGAAAUAUUUUACUUUAUAUUUUUAUUCUUUCACUUAAUCUUGUUGAUUUAUUUACCGGUGACAUCUACUACUUGUUCCCGUUUAUUGACCGUCGUUGUUACUUGUUCGGCGACGAUGGUAGUGCUGGUGGCGGAGGAGGAGGAGGGAAGUGCUUGUAAUUGUUAAAAUUGGUGGCGGCGGCACCACCAACGACGACGAUUUAUGCAAAUUUUCCAAUAUCUGCUUGUCUUGGGUUCCUACCUCGUCCAUUAUACGCCACUAACAAUAUCAGCAGCAGCAGCGAACGUGUGUAUUAUAGAAUCACGUUAGCGGCUUCCUUAAUCCUAUUGUUAGCCUCUCUGUUCCUUCAUUUCCUUUAUAUAUCAAUCUAUAAUACUAAUAACCCGUGUUAGUUAUUGAAUAAUUUCCCCAACUAAACCCCUGCCUCCAUAAAAAAAAAAGCAAUGCGGGAUCUACAUAUCUCCAAAAUGAAGGAUCUCUCUUUAGGAAACUCCACUGAAGAUCCUAAUGUUAUAAUUGAAACUGUUGAAGACAAUGCUGACAAUGAGAACAAAGGAACGCAGUCUCUUAAACCAACUCUUACAACCAAAAACCCGGUUAUGUAUCUAAAUGAAUUGUUGCCCGAACCUUUGGUUUAUGAACUGAUGUCAGAAUCUGGUCCUCCUCAUGAUAGGAAUUUUGUCAUGUCGGUAAAGGCUAAUGACCAAACGGUGCAGGGGGCUGGUCGCAGCAAGAAACUUGCCAAGGCAGCAGCUGCCCAAGUAGCUUUGUUUAAGCUUUUCAACAUCGUCUACAUCUCAGAACCAGGUCAGUUGAUCUAAUUUCCCAUCUACAGCCAUACAAUUCUUCACGAAAAUUUAGAUUUAGUUCAUCAGAAUCAAGCUACAUCUAAAAGAAUAUUUGUAAUAAUCACCAAUGUUGUCAUUAGUCGACAAUCUAAGGUCAAAUGCUAAUUGUUUGCUCCUCUGAUCGGAUCUUGUUUUCUAGUUCCUUUUUAUCGUUUUUGAUGUUGUUUGUGUUUAAUAUCUUUUUUGUAUAACCAAAUUUAUUUGGUUGAAUUGUGUUUCCUUUGUGUCAUUGAAAUAACAAUUUAGGGUAAAAAUUAAAAAGUAGCAUGUGACAUUCAAUAGCUCUGGUUAAUUUUUUUUUUUUUUGUGUGAUAUUUCUGUUGAUCGUUAUUUUAAAAUCAGGUUCUUGUUUUGGUAUGCCUUUUGUUUUCCAAGUGUUGAUAUUUUUGUUGAAUUGACUAAAAUGUUUGUUGUGGUGUUGUCUUUCAUAAUCUAUUGCUUAAUUCUAAAACUAAGUUUUGCUCAUCUUGGUGUUGCUUACAUAAACGCGUUGUUA